AAUAAAUCAAUCACAGCUACAGACUGGUAGCCAUUAUGAUCUAAUCUGACUGUUCUGGGUGGCAAUGAACUCUUCCUCUGGUUCACUGCCCAGUAUCCUGGCAUCAUGUGGCUCCUAUAAAGGCAGUAGCUCCAAGCACAUCACACAGAGGGGCCGGACUCCAUUAAACCGCCACCAUGCUUCCCAAGGCAUCCCUUCGGCCAUGAAGCUCCUGUUCCUGGUCUUUGCAUCCCUUGGAUUCCUGGUGACUCCAGCCAGCGGGGGUGGGUCGGGCUGUGGGCGCAAGUUCCCAGGACCCUGCAGGCUGCACUGCAGCUCCCUGGAGAGAUCCACCUUCAUGUGCGACAGGAGCAAACAGUGCUGCACCAAAGACCACGGGAGGCCCAUCGCGCCACCGCCUGUCCACAGAUCGAAGCAGCUCUGCAGAACAGCUACGAAAAGCCAAACCGAGAAGCAACCGACGGCUACGACGCCACGACCACGAUCUACGAUACCACAGCCGCGGUGCACAACGCGACACCAUCUCCAAGUCGUCCCAAUCUGGAAGUAUGGCAACCGGAGGCUGUCCACCAGCUACAUCCUCACAGCCGCUUCUCUUGAAGGGAGGUCUGAGCAGUGCACCUCCAUGGCUGCCACAAAGCAGGAGGAACUGGCACAGCCCUGUUGGAAAGUCAAGUGGAAAUAA